AAGUGCCACCUGCCCGCGUCGGCCGGAAGUGCCGCGCGGGAGGCGGAAGCGGCUGGUUCCCGCGUGGUUUGGCGGGUGCAGCGGGAGUCCGGCGGCCCUGCCCACGUAGACUGCUGGGGGCACCGGCACCAUUUGGAGCACGUGAGGAAGAAAAAUGUCUCAAAAGCAGAUGAAGGAAGCUUUUGUCAGUAACCUCAAUGGAACCACCGUGCUGGAAAUCACCCAGGGAUUGUGCUUUCCUGCAUUCUGUAUCCUGUGCAGAGGGUUGCUGAUCAUUUUCUCACAGUACUUGUGUUCUUUUUCACAUACCUGGAAAACUAGAUUCUUCGUUGACUUUGUUGUCCUAAUAGUUCCCAUGGUAGCCACUUUGACCAUUUGGGCUUCAUUUAUCUUCCUUGAGCUCCUCGGUGUAAUUAUCUUUGGGGCAGGGCUGUUGUAUCAAAUAUACCGAAGGAGGACCUGCUAUGCCAGACUGCCUUUCCUAAAAAUCCUUGAAAAAUUCUUGAACAUCAGUCUAGAAUCAGAAUACAUUCCAGCCAUCUCCUGUUUCCGUGUAAUUACCAGUGCAUUUACUGCUAUUGCUAUUUUGGCUGUGGACUUCCCACUUUUUCCCAGAAGAUUUGCCAAAACUGAGCUCUAUGGGACAGGAGCAAUGGAUUUUGGAGUAGGUGGCUUUGUUUUUGGGUCUGCAAUGGUUUGUCUAGAGGUCAGGAGGAGAAAAUAUAUGGAAGGGUCCAAAUUGCAUUACUUUACAAACUCGUUGUACUCUGUUUGGCCACUAGUCUUCCUAGGAAUCGGACGAUUAGCCAUUAUAAAAUCAAUAGGCUAUCAGGAACAUUUAACUGAGUAUGGAGUUCACUGGAACUUUUUCUUUACCAUAAUAGUUGUGAAAUUGAUAACACCACUGCUUUUGAUUAUUUUUCCCCUAAAUAAGUCUUGGAUUAUUGCCCUCAGCAUUACUGUACUAUACCAGCUAGCCCUUGACUUUACCUCACUGAAGAGGUUAAUAUUAUAUGGCACUGAUGGUAGUGGCACACGGGUUGGUAUAUUAAACGCCAACCGCGAAGGAAUAAUCUCUACCCUGGGGUAUGUGGCAAUACACAUGGCUGGUGUGCAAACAGGGUUAUAUGUGCAUAAGAACCGAUCACAUAUCAAAGACUUGAUAAAAGUAGCCUGUUUUCUUUUACUGGCAGCUAUUAGCCUCUUCAUAUCUCUUUACGUAGUUCAAGUAAAUGUAGAAGCAGUAUCUCGAAGAAUGGCAAAUUUAGCCUUUUGUAUUUGGAUAGUUGCUUCUAGCCUGAUCCUUCUUAGUAGUUUAUUACUGGGUGAUAUAAUUUUGAGUUUUGCCAAAUUUCUAAUUAAAGGAGCUCUAGUACCAUGUUCUUGGAAACUUAUCCAGUCACCUGUUACAACUAAAAAGCAUUCAGAAUCUCUAGUCCCUGAAGCUGAAAGAAUGGAACCCAGUCUUUGUUUAAUCGCAGCUCUAAACAGAAAACAGUUAGUAUUUUUCUUGCUGUCAAAUAUAACAACUGGCCUGAUCAACCUGAUGGUAGAUACAUUACACAGCAGUACCUUGUGGGCCUUAUUUGUGGUCAAUCUCUAUAUGUUUUACAACUGUUUAAUUGUAUAUGUACUAUAUUUGCAAGAUAAGACUAUACAAUUUUGGUGAUCAGCAGGGGUAGGAUAUAUAAGUAUUUGGGCAAUAUUUAAUGAGGAAUAUUAAUUGUAAAGAAAUUGUGCUUUUGGCAACAGUGUUAACCAUAUUUUAUUAUAAAAUAGUUUCAGUCCUCUAAACAGUAGUGAUGCUUAAUUUUUUUUUUUUUUUUUUGAGACAGAGUUUCCGUCUGUUGCCCAGGCUGGAGUGUAGUGGUGCCAUCUCAGCUCACUGCAACCUCCACCUCCCAGGUUCAAGCAAUUCUCCUGCCUCAGUCUCCUGAGUAGCUGGCACUGUAGGCGUGUACCACCAUGCCCAGCUAAUUUUUGUAUUUUUAGUAGAGAUAGGGUUUUGCCAUAUUGGCCAGGCUGGUUUCAAACUCCUGAACUCAAGUGAUACACCCACCUUGGCCUCCCAAAGUGCUGGGAUUAUGGGUGUGAGCCACCACACUGCGCCAAUGCUUAAUAUUUUAAUGUAUUUCAACAACAAAACCAAGAAGAAACAAAGCCUUGUGACUUGUUAGAAUGUAUUAAGUAGUAUUUUAAAGAAACCUUAUAGUUAUGACAUUGAAAGACUGUUGGGGUAGGGGGAGGAAGAUUUUUACUUUCCAUCUUAAUGUAACCUUGUGCUAUUCUGUAUUUUUAUUGUAUAUUGCUUUUACAAUAAAUAUAAAAUGAAAUGUUUAUGUUGACAUUUCAGUGUGAA